UCUUUAUGAAUGUUUGUGAAUACAUAUAAGAUUUUUGUUCGGGAACUCUCGUCCCAAAACACUCGGCCACAAAAUGGCAUCUUCGUACCACCGCGGCCAGUUCCCCUCUCCACUUUUCUCGCCUUCCCGCCGAUCACCGAUAACGGUAACAUCCUACUUCCCUUUGCCUCCAUUCCGCAACGCUCCUUUUCACCGCCGCAACCGCUUUCUCGCUUGCGCCGCCGACACCCUUCUCGCCGGAGCGCACAAGGAAAAGUGGAGAGGGGGCUUGAAAGGUUUGGUUUCCGGGGAUCUGAAGUCUUGGCUCUUUAGAGAGGGGCUUCCCCCAUGCAAGGUUGUUCUUCAAGAGAGGCAUUCUCACGAUGGGAAAUAUCGACCUAUUCAUUACGUGGCUGCCAGCGAAGAUCUUCAAGCGGGAGAUGUGGCUUUUUCUGUGCCGAAUUCUUUGAUUGUCACGCUAGAGAGGGUUUUGGGCGAUGAAACUGUAGCUGAGCUUUUAACGACAAACAAGCUUUCUGAAUUGGCGUGCUUGGCUCUGUAUCUCAUGUAUGAGAAAAAACAAGGGAAGAAAUCUUUCUGGUAUCCUUUCAUUCAAGAACUUGACCGCCAGAGAGGCAGAGGCCAACUAGCUGUGGAGUCUCCACUUUUGUGGUCAGAAGAUCAACUCACUUAUCUUGAUGGGAGUCCUACAAGGGCUGAAGUCCUUGGGAGGGAGGAAGGGAUAAAGAGAGAGUACAAUGAGCUUGACACAGUCUGGUUCAUGGCUGGUUCUUUGUUUAAGCAAUAUCCUUUCGAUAUACCGACUGAAGCUUUUCCAUAUGAAAUCUUCAAGCAGGCUUUUGUGGCAGUUCAGUCAUGUGUUGUCCACCUUCAGAAUGUCAGUUUGGCUCGAAGGUUUGCAUUGGUUCCAUUGGGGCCACCACUAUUGUCUUACAAGAGCAACUGCAAGGCUAUGCUAAAAGUUGAUCAAGAUUUUGUUCAGCUGGUUGUUGAUCGUCCUUAUAAAGCUGGCGAAGCAAUUGUUGUAUGGUGUGGCCCACAGCCUAAUUCAAGGCUGCUCUUGAAUUAUGGUUUUGUUGAUGAAGAUAAUCCAUAUGAUCGGCUAGUAAUUGAGGCUUCCCUAAACACAGAAGAUCCUCAAUACCAGGAAAAACGAUUAGUUGCACAGAGAAAUGGAAGGCUAUCUGCCCAAGUUUUUCAUGUAUAUGUAGGAAGAGAGAAAGAAGCAAUUUCCGAUAUGCUACCUUAUUUGCGAUUAGGCUAUGUUUCAGAUCGAUCUGAGAUGCAGUCUGUUAUUUCUUCACAAGGCCCCAUUUGCCAUGUAGGGGCAACGGAUACCGAGGUGAGCCCUUGUAUGGAACGUGCAGUUCUGGACCAACUACUUGGUUAUUUUCAGGCUCGUCUAGCAAGUUAUCCAACAACUUUAAGUGAAGAUGAAGCCAUUGUAGCAGAUUGUCAAUUGAAUCCGAAGAAACGAGUUGCUGCUAGGCUUGUAAGUUUAGAAAAGAAAAUGCUAAAUUCUUGUACUCGAGCAACUAUUGAGUUGAUAGAGCAGCUACCAGAUCACACUGUAUCUCCUUGUCCAGCUCCUUUUGCACCAUUGCUGAAAUAGAAGAUAUGGUUAGUUUCUGUUUGUCCAGCGUAGUCUUGUAACCCAAGAAGUUGAGCAUCAUUGAAACUUGGCCAGUUGGAGGCGAAAUGAUCUGCAUUUUUCAGGAAUACAGAGCGCCACAGUUUGCCAUUUAUUCGUGAAUGCUACAAGCUUUUGCAGUUGGCGAUUUGAAUGUUUGACAUGGGUAUGAAAUAUAUGGCGACUGCUACGAGCAAUGUACGUGUCAAGCAAUGCUUUAGUUCAUAUAAUCACUGCUUUCCUUCUUUAAUUCAAUCCAAGCUUAGCACAAUUUCUGUACAUAUUAACACCAAAAAAAAAUUAAAAGGAAAAUACAGUUUGUUGCUAUUUUAUCAUUUUAUGGAACAGAAAUUUUGUAAUAGGACAAGUGAAUCAAUAUUGGACGUAUCUAAAUGUCUUCUGUCUUCUGUACUUGUAACAGUAGCCGACAGUCAAUCUAGAUUUCUUGUUUGUGAA